UUCCAAUAGAAAGGAGAAUGUGGGGGUUAUCUGUAAUUUACCAUUCCUCUUUGUGGCGACUGGAACAUGCUAUUGCUCUGUUUUGGGAGGUUUCAACAGAGUGAGGAAUGGGGAUUAAAGGAAAGUACAGAGAGAGAGAAGAAUUACAGUAGGGGCAGUUGCUGUUACUUAGAGAGAGAGAGAAAUAGGAAGUGACGAAAUAGAAGAAGCUGCAGUGGGUUUGGCAGAUAGAGAGAAUGGCAGUGACCCUAGCGCCUGGUCUUUCCAGGAAGCUGAAGAAGGUAUUAGAAUGCAGAACUGAUACUCCUGAAUUGCUCGAUUCUCUUAAUGCUCUCUCUACUUUCUACGUCCAAAACAACCAGCUUGCAAGGAGAAACCUCAGAUCUACUAUCGAGAAAAGAUCUCUUGCCAUCAAUGAAGAAUUUCUACUCGCUUCUGAAGCUGCUCAAAAGGCAUUGGAUAGAGUAGAGGAGGAAGUUAAUGUGUUGGAUGAGUGUUGUGACAAGAUAGCCAAAGCAUUGAACAGCUGCAAUGCAACUACAGGUGACAUAAUUAGUACAACAGAGAGGCUCAAACAGGAGCAUGAAAAUACCACACAACGUCAAGAGAUUAUAUCAUGUUUUCUUCGAGAUUAUCAAUUAUCUAGCGAAGAGGUCAAUGCAUUGAGAGAGGAAGACUUGAAUGAGAACUUUUUCAAGGCACUGGCUCAUGUUCAAGAAAUCCAUGCCAAUUGCAAAAUGUUGCUUCGGACCCAUCACCAGCGUGCAGGUUUGGAACUUAUGGAUAUGAUGUCUGUUUAUCAAGACGGAGCUUAUGAGCGCUUGUGCAGAUGGGUACAGGCUGAGUGUAGAAGAUUGGGUGAUAACGAUAAUCCGGAAGUAAGUGAGCUUUUGAAGACUGCUGUUCGCUGCCUGAAGGAGAGGCCUGUUCUUUUUAAGUACUGCGCAGAAGAGGUGGCAAACAUGAGGCAUAAUGCAUUAUUCAGGAGAUUCAUAAGUGCUCUUACACGUGGGGGACCAGGAGGCCUUCCUCGACCUAUUGAAGUGCAUGCUCAUGAUCCUUUGCGUUAUGUUGGUGAUAUGUUGGGAUGGCUACAUCAGGCUUUGGCAUCUGAAAGAGAACUUGUACUUGUACUGUUUGAUCCGGAUGCAAUAGUUGAUACAGGACCAACUGCUCGGCGGUUCACCAAGGUCAUGGAUAUUGAUUUGAUGAAAGGAGAUUCUGACUUAAGAUUUGUUCUUGAUAGAGUAUUUGAAGGAGUGUGCCGCCCAUUUAAAGUGAGAGUUGAACAAGUUUUGCAAUCUCAACCCAGCCUUCUUUUGUCAUAUAAACUCACUAACAUGCUAGAGUUCUACAGUUACACCUUUGCAGACUUGCUAGGGAGAGAGACAGCCCUUUGUAAUACGCUUUGGCAUCUCAAGGAUGCAGCUAAGCAGACUUUCUUUGACAUUCUGAAAACACGAGGGGACAAGCUCUUGAGAUAUCCUACCCUCGUACCAGUUGAUCUAUCCCCUCCGCCUACUGUAAGAGAAGGAGUUUCAGUUUUGCUUGAAUUGAUUGAUACAGAUAACAGCAUGAUGGUAUCUGCUUCAGGAAAGAAGCCCAACUUCGAGCCAGUCAUAUCUGCUUUAUUGGACCCUAUCGUUCAGAUGUGUGAGCAAGCUGCGGAGUCUCAUAAAUCCAGAGGUGCUAUUCAGUCAUCUAGGAGACAUAGAAUGAGUUCUGAUUCAAGUCAUCUUACUAAAUCUCCUUCAUCGGUCGAUGCACUCUUGGGAAACAAUAAGUCAGUACCAUCUUCCCAGAUACGAAACACAGAAGGCCCAUCCAAGAUUUUCCUCAUCAAUUGUUUGUCAGCUAUUCAACAACCUUUGCUAGGACUUGAUGUUGCUGCAAAGUAUGUGAGCAACCUUAAAGACAUGAUCAAGGUCAACAUCAAUGCACUAGUCGAUAAAGAGGUCAAUUUUAUUCUUGAGAGAUGUGGUUUGUUAGAUAAGAUGGCCUAUAUAAGAGACUCAAAUACAAUGGAAGGCAAAGAAGACAUUGUGAUCUUGGCUGAAGUCGAAGGAAUGGAGCCAACUGUGAUAUCCGAAUGUUUGAGAGCUUUCUUCAUGCUCUUGACCAGUAGUGAAGGAUCUCUUCCUGAGUUUGAGCAGAUGCAGGUCCCUCAACUGAGAACAGAAGCAUGUGUGCUUGUAGCAAGGGCUUUAUCAGAAGCAUAUGAACUCAUAUACAAUGCGAUUACGGAUCCUAAGAACCAGUAUCCUGAUCCAAAGUCCAUGCUGAGGCACCCACCUGAUCGAAUAAAGACCAUUUUAGGAAUUUGAUGUUUUUUGUAUGAACAUUGUGGUGUGUGUGUCUGUAUGAGAGAUUAUUUUUUGUACAAUUUCGAUGAAAUGAAAUAACAAAAUGUCCAUGUCGAGAGAGAGAGAGAGAGGUUUGUGGGUUAGGGUGGAGAGAAUGAGUGAAAUGCGAGUAAUAGUGUUGGGCUGUUUGUUAAACGUUCCUAGAAAAAGGUAUGGCUUUGUUGUGUUGUUUUCAGUGCGUGCGUCAAGGGGGGGGAGAGAGAGAGAGUUGUAUAUGUCUAUUUUUUUUAUGAUUUGGAUGAUACACAUUUAUGCAGGGAAAGCUUUGUGUGACCUCAACAUUUUAUAAA